ACGCCAGAUUUCUUCAUUUCACAUUCCUUUUUCUCUCUUUAAAUUCUGCAGACUAAAAAGCGAACAAGAAACGUCUCACUACAUAAAUCGACACACCCUCUCGUCGUUAUUCACAACUUUCUCACGUCUCGAUCUGCUCUUUCUCUCUCUCUCUUGCUCUUUUCUUUUUCUGUCUUAAAGUCAAUCCAAAAGCACUCAACUGUUCUUAAUUUGGAUCCGUGAAAUUAAGCCCUAAUUUUGUGUUUUCUUUGAAAAAUUUCUUGAAUCGAUCCGUUAUUUUUUUUUCUUUUUUCUUUGGAUCGAAGAGAGAUAGAAACGAGGAAAAGAAAAAAAAAGAAAUGUCUUCGUUGAGUAGAGAACUGGUAUUUCUCAUACUUCAGUUUCUUGAUGAAGAGAAAUUCAAAGAAACCGUUCACAAAUUGGAGAAAGAGUCAGGAUUUUUCUUUGAUAUGCGAUAUUUUGAGGAUUGUGUAACCAAUGGGGAAUGGGAUGAAGUCGAGAAGUACUUGUCUGGAUACACAAAAGUUGAAGAUAAUCGAUACUCUAUGAAAAUUUUCUUCGAGAUUCGAAAGCAAAAGUACCUCGAAGCCCUCGACAAGCGUGACAAUGGUAGAGCUGUGGAGAUUCUUGCGAAAGAUUUGAAAGUGUUUUCGACGUUUAAUGAAGAGCUUUUUAAGGAAAUUACAAUGCUAUUGACUUUGGCAAACUUUAGGGAGAACGAGCAGCUAUCCAAGUAUGGAGAUACCAAGUCGGCUAGGGCUAUAAUGCUUGUUGAGCUCAAAAAAUUGAUUGAGGCAAAUCCACUUUUCCGUGAUAAGCUUCAAUUCCCCACCUUAAAAAGUUCUAGGUUGAGGACACUAAUCAAUCAGAGUUUAAAUUGGCAGCACCAACUUUGCAAGAAUCCAAGGCCUAACCCUGACAUAAAAACCCUUUUUGUAGACCAUACUUGUGGUCCACCAAAUGGAGCUUGUGCUCCUUCACCUGUAACCAAUCCUUUAAUGGGGUCCAUCCCUAAAGUGAGCGGUUUUCCUCCAAUAGGUGCUCAUGGUCCUUUUCAACCUGCACCAGCUCCAGCCCCAGCACCACUUACGGCAGCACCACUUACGGCAUCUCUUGCAGGAUGGAUGGCUAAUCCGUCUCCUGUGGCACAUCAAGCAGUUUCAGCUGGCCCUAUUGGUCUAUCUGCAUCUAGUAAUGCAGCAUCUACGGCAAAGCGCCCUAGGACUCCUCCAACUAACAACCUGGCAAUGGACUAUCAAACUGCAGAUUCUGAGAAUGUAGUAAAGAGACCAAGACCCUUUGGAAUAUCUGAAGAGGUACAGAUGAAUAAUCUAGCAGUGAAUAUUUUACCAGUCACAUACCCUGCCCAGAGCUAUGCCCACUCAUUAUCCGAAGAUUUGCCAAAGAAUGUCUUCUCAGAUUUAAGUCAGGGUUCAACUGUUAAGAGUAUGGAUUUCCAUCCAGUGCAGCAAACUUUGCUUCUCGUUGGUACAAACAUUGGUGAUAUUACAAUCUGGGAGGUUGGGAGCCGAGAGAGGCUUGUUUCUAAAAAAUUCAAGGUUUCGGAUCUUGGUGCAUGCUCAAGGAUCUUGCAGGCAUCCUUGGCUAGUGAAUAUACUGCUGCAGUGAAUCGUGUUAUCUGGAGUCCAGAUGGUGCCCUUUUGGGUGUUGCAUAUUCCAAGCAUAUUGUGCAUAUAUAUUCAUAUCAUGGCAGUGAUGAUUUAAGGGAUCAUCUGGAGAUUGAGGCUCAUAUUGGUAAUGUUAGUGAUCUUGCUUUCUCUCAACCAAAUAAACAGUUGUGUGUCAUAACUUGUGGAGAGGACAAGACGAUUAAGGUAUGGGAUGCUGUUAAUGGUAAUAAGCAGUACACUUUUGAGGGUCAUGAAGCCCCUGUUUAUUCAGUGUGCCCACAUCAUAAGGAAGGCAUUCAGUUCAUAUUUUCCACAGCUAUUGACGGAAAAAUAAAAGCUUGGUUGUAUGAUAACAUGGGUUCAAGAGUUGAUUACAAUGCACCUGGUCAUUCGUGCACAACAAUGGCCUACAGUGCUGAUGGGACCAGGCUAUUCUCAUGUGGGACUAAUAAAGAGGGUGAGUCACACAUUGUUGAAUGGAUUGAAAGUGAGGGUGCUGUCAAACGGACAUAUCAUGGUCUUGGAAAGCGGUCUGUGGGGGUUGUGCAGUUUGAUACAACAAGAAAUCGAUUCUUGGCUGCAGGUGAUGAGUUCCAAGUCAAAUUUUGGGACAUGGAACAUGUUAACCUCUUGACAGCCACUAAUGCUGACGGUGGAUUGCCGGCUUCUCCUUGCCUACGCUUUAAUAAAGAUGGAAUUCUGCUUGCUGUCUCGACAAAUGAAAAUGGAAUCAAAAUACUUGCAAAUGCUGAUGGUGCUAGGCUUUUGCGCUCCAUUGAAGCUCGUGCACUUGAUCGUGUUCUUGAUGCCUCUAGAGCUGCUUCUACGGCUGUGGCAAAGGGACCCAUAAUUGGCACAUUCGGUGCUUCAAGCUCAACUACUGGAACAAGCAUUGCUGUUGCAGAUAGAAGUGCACCAAUGACAGCAAUUGUUGGAUUGAAUGGGGACAGCCGUACUUUGCCAGACGUGAAACCAAGAGUCACUGAUGAGUUGGAGAAAUCUAAGAUGUGGAAGCUGACUGAAAUAAAUGAACCAUCUCAGCUUCGUUCCUUGCGUCUUCCAGAGAGCUUGAUGCCAAUUAGGGUUGUUAGAAUGAUAUAUACAAACUCAGGAGGUGCCAUACUAGCAUUGACAGACAACGCCGUACACAAAUUGUGGAAAUGGCAGAAGAAUGAGCAUAACCUUUCUGGAAAGGCAACUAGUGCUUCACCACCACAGUUAUGGCAACCUUCUAGUGGAAUAUUGAUGACCAAUGAUAUAUGUGAGACAAACCAAGAAGAUGCUGUUCCAUGCUUUGCUCUCUCUAAGAAUGAUUCUUAUGUCAUGUCCGCAUCAGGAGGGAAAAUUUCCUUGUUUAACAUGAUGACAUUCAAGACAAUGACAACAUUCAUGGCUCCACCACCUGCUGCAACUUUUCUUGCCUUCCAUCCCCAGGACAACAACAUUAUUGCCAUAGGCAUGGAUGACUCUUCAAUUCAAAUCUACAAUGUCCGGGUUGAUCAGGUCAAAAGCAAGUUGAGAGGUCAUCAGAAGAGAGUUACUGGUCUUGCAUUUUCAAAUGUUUUAAACAUUUUGGUGUCAUCAGGAGCUGAUGCACAGCUGUUUGUAUGGAGCAUGGAUGGAUGGGAAAAGCAGGCUAGCAAAUUCUUGCAGAUUCCUAGUAGUCAUGUGCCAAACCCUCUUGGACAGACCCGAGUUCAGUUUCACCAAGACCAGACACAUCUACUUGCUGUCCAUGCAACACAGAUAGCCAUAUAUGAAGCUCCAAAACUAGAGUGCCUUAAACAGUGGAUUCCCCGAGAAUCAAGUGGCUCGAUCACAGAUGCUGUGUAUUCAUGUGAUAGCCAGUCAAUCUAUGUAAGCUUAGAAGAUGGAAGCGUAUGUAUUCUCACUUCCACAACCCUCCAACUCAGGUGUCGGAUUAAUCCUGGUUCAUAUCUACCUUCAAAUCCUAGUGGUAGGGUAUAUCCGGUAGUGGUCGCAGCACAUCCAUCUGAACCUAAUCAGUUUGCACUUGGACUAAGUGAUGGUGGAGUUCUUGUUAUGGAGCCACCAGAAGACGGAAAGUGGGGUUCCUCGCCGACACUUGAAAAUGGUGCUGCACCUACUAUCUCGUCUACAGCUGGAUCUGAUCAACAGCCAAGGUAGCAACAGUUUUUCAUGGUUAUAACUGAAGACAGUGUGUCCCAAUUUUAUUUUAAGGGGGAGCAGUGGGUUUUAGGUUUCUAGCUUUAGAAUACACAGGUAUGUAUGUCUUAGAGUGAUAGGUCCAUCAUUAAUUUUAGUGGGUUUUAGACUUGGGGUAUUCCCUCCGUAAAUGGCAACAAAUAGGUACAGAAACGUUGAAUAUAAUUAAAAAAAAAAGGUAAGAGGGAGGAAAUUAGUGAUUAGCACUGAGUUUUUGCCUCUAAUAUUUCCCAGAACAAUUACUAUAAGUAUUCAGGGUUUCUACGUAUUCUGGUAUCAUGUAACAGGGAAUUAUCUGAUCUUUGUUUUUAUUGUUAUUAGAAACAAGUAAGUCAGGUUACAAUCUGUCAUCUAUAAUUUUUUCUUAAAAAA